AUGUCCACUCUCACGAGGCUUACAGUGAACAAAUAUGACCAGGAACUUGUACCCACCAAGAUCCAGUGGGUUACAAAAGCCCACACCAAGAUGGAAUUAGAAGUGUUUGAGAUUUGUUUAGGGGAAUCUGAGUCACACACCUCCAUGGCUGCCUCCGUGUACUGCUUAGCUUCAGCUGUUGUCUUUCACCUGCAGGCUCGUAUCUGUGGUCCUGCUCACCCUGGCUCAUCUCCUCUUCAUGGGUUUUGGUCUGCUUUCUUUUACAGCAUAGGUGGAGAAGUAGGGCGAGGCCACGAGGGGAGUUACGUGGGCAAACAUUUCCGCAUGGGAUUCAUGACGAUGCCUGCUCCUCAGGACAGACUUCCCCACCCGUGCUCCAGUGGCUUUUCCGUGCGAUCCCAGUCCCUGCACUCUGUAGGAGGCGCAGAUGACGACAGCAGCUGUAGCUCCCGGAGACAGCCACCACCCAAGCCCAAGCGGGACCCGAGCACCAAGCUGAGCACCUCGUCAGAGACCGUCAACAGUACAGCAGCUGGCAAGAGCGGGAAGGCCCCCGAGAGGACUGAAGUGUCCACCAAACCAAGACCUCACAGUGAUGAAUAUUCGAAGAAGAUUCCCCCUCCAAAACCGAAACGGAACCCCAACACCCAGCUUAGCACAUCUUUCGAUGAAACGUACAUCAAAAAGCACGGGCCCAGGAGGACAUCGCUGACGCGGGACUCCUCCCUGUCUCAGGUCAGCAGCCCCGCGGGGGACCCCGAGGAAGAGGAGCCCGUGUACAUUGAGAUGGUGGGGAACAUUCUCCGAGACUUCCGGAAGGAGGACGACGACCAGAGCGAGGCCGUCUACGAGGAAAUGAAAUACCCCAUUUUCGACGACUUAGGCCAAGAUCCCAAAUGCGACUUCGACCUGCACAGUUGUUCUUCGCAGUGUGCUACUCCCACGGUGCCUGACUUGGACUUCGCCAAGUCCUCAGUGCCAUGUCCUCCUAAGGGGUUGCUUUGUGACAUCCCCCCGCCCUUUCCCAACCUGCUUUCUCACCGGCCCCCGCUGCUGGUGUUCCCCCCAGCCCCGGUGCACUGCUCCCCCAAUUCCGACGAGUCUCCGCUGACCCCACUGGAGGUCACGAAGCUUCCUGUGUUGGAAAACGUGUCUUACAUGAAACAGCCGGCUGGACCGUCCCCGUCCUCACUGCCAUCCCACACCCCCGGCCACUCCAAACUGGAGAAAGACCAGGCCGGGGCCCUCGGACCUGCUCCUGCUGCUUCUGUGCUCUCCUCGUCCCCUCCGCCCCCUUCCACUUUGUACCGAACCCAGUCUCCCCAUGGCUACCCCAAAAGUCAUUCCACCUCCCCGUCGCCCGUGAGCAUGGGGAGGUCCCUGACACCGCUCAGCCUCAAAAGGCCUCCCCCCUACGACGCUGUGCAUUCAGGCAGCCUCUCAAGGAGCUCUCCAUCAGUGCCUCAUUCGACCCCCAGGCCAGUGUCCCAGGAUGGGGCCAAGAUGGUCAACGCUGCGGUGAACACCUACGGGGCUCCGAGCUGCUCCCGAUCCAGGACCCCCACGAGUCCUUUGGAGGAACUCACCAGCCUCUUUACCUCGGGCCGGAGCCUGCUGAGGAAGUCGUCCAGCGGCCGGCGCUCCAAAGAGCCGGCGGAGAAAUCAACAGAGGAGCUGAAAGUCCGAAGCCACAGCACGGAGCCAUUACCAAAGUUGGACAUGAAGGAGAGAGGGCACCAUGGGGCAUCUUCCUCCAGAGAGCCUGUCAAAGCUCAGGAAUGGGAUGGAACCCCGGGUCCACCUGUGGUCACCAGUAGAAUGGGAAGAUGCUCUGUGAGCCCCACUUUGUUGGCAGGAAACCACAGUUCAGAACCUAAAGUCAGCUGCAAAUUGGGCCGGUCUGCAUCUGCAUCAGGUGUGCCUCCUCCAUCAGUUACUCCUCUCAGGCAAACCAGUGAGCUGCAACAGAGCCAGGUGGCAUGCAUGCAGUGGUUUCAUGGAGACCAUACAAUGCUUGAGAUGAUUGAGAAAAAGCGUUGCUUGUGCAAGGAAAUAAAGGCUAGACAGAAAACGGAAAAGGGCCUUUGCAAACAGGAUAGCAUGCCUAUCCUACCCAGCUGGAAGAAGAACGCAGGUGCAAAGAAGUACAGCCCUCCACCCUAUUCUAAACAGCAGACUGUAUUCUGGGAUACUGCCAUAUGAGAGGACAGGAUGGUGUGAGUGCCACCUUAUUUGAUGAGAAGAGGGAGGUCGACUCAGUCCUGUGAUAAUUAACUGCUACAAAUCUUCUCUGUUGGAGUGGAAUGCUAUGGAGAGCUGUGCCAACUCAUGGCAAGCUCAAAAUAAAAUGUAUAUGCCCUUGUGAUUAAGGCACACGUAUUUAUCCCGGAUUAUUUUGAAUCCAGAAGAUACUAAAAUGUAAAUAUUUUACUAGUUUAUGAGUGACA